CUUCUCUUCACAACAACGUCUGACACUGCUGGUGCUGGAGAGAAAACAGAGAAGCUUCUUUCCCAUCUUUUUGCUCCAAGACCCGAUAUCGUGACCUGACCUCAUGGCGGAUGCACUGCUUGUUCCCACUAUACAAGUUGCACUGGAGACGGCAAUAGACUCGGUUUCAGAACAAACUAUCUCGUUUCCGGGCCUCAUGAAUGAUUUUAUUUUGCGAGGCUGAAGGAUACGUUGACUGUGAUCCUGGAUGUCCUUCGUGAUGCAGAGGAAAAGCAGGUGACUGACGAGCGCGUGAAGCUUUGGCUGGAGAAGCUUGAACGUGAGGCUUUCAUUGCCGGAAAUUUGCUGGAUGACUUCAACUAUGAAAUGAAUCGGCGCAGGAUUGAGAUCCAAAACCAAAUGAAGAGGAAGGUAUCCUUCUUCUUCUUCUCUCGCUUUAAUUCCAUUGCAUUCCGUUGCAAAAUGGCCAAACAGAUUCGGAAAAUUAAUAUGGAGCUGCAAAGUAUCAAUGAAGAAGCAAGAAACUUUGGCCUACUGCCACUGGCUGACAUUGAACGUUCUCUUUCUCCUCAGAACAGAGAGACUGGCUAUGUUACUAUUGGUACGAGUUUUGUUGGAAGAGAUGAUGAUGUUUCAGAGAUAGUAGCACAGUUGACUGCCACGGAUAACAAUGAAACUAUCUCCGUUCUUCCCAUGGUAGGGAUGGGAGGGAUCGGGAAGACCGCAUUGGCUCGAAAAGUUUUCAAUGAUUCAAAGAUUAGACAACAUUUUGACGAGCGAAUGUGGGUGCGUGUUUCGGAGGAUUUCAAUGCCGAUAAGCUGUUUGGAUUGAUGCUAGAAUCUGUUAGGAGAAUAUUAGUAUUCUUGUAGAUAAUAUAUUAGUAAGGGUAUUCUUGU